ACUCAUCGCUCCCCUAUCCCCAUCCGUUCCUCUCGCCGCCGACGAGCCCCCGACCACGACCACCGCGCCCGCCCCGCCCAGGGUAUGGAAGAGUCCGACGCGGCGGCAGGCAAGAUUGCCAACGGGGAGGAGGCGCCCGGCGGCCGGUCGGUGGAGGUGUCCUCCAGGGAGGAGGACACUCUCCCCGGGGUGCUCCGCAGCUUCGUCGAGGGCGUCUGCGGCGGCGGAGGGGAGCCGCUGCUGCGGCGGAUCAGGGCGGCGUCCUGCGAGGCCGCCCCGCGGCUGCGGGAGGCGUCCAGGAACUCGGCGCGGGACCUGGUCGAGUGGACCAGGCGGGGCAGCGGCCUCCGCGCCAUCCUCGUCAUCUCGGUUGGAACGAUCACACUUAUAGCAUUGACUGGCCUUCUAGUUUUCAUGUUCUUCCUGCUUGUUGCAACAACCAAUGCCAUCAUUGUUUCUGUCCUGAUGUCGCUGGCAGCUGCUGGAGGAUUCCUGGCUAUGUUCUUUGCUUGCUUGGUUGCAGUGUAUAUCGGAGUGGUAUCAGUUGCUGUUUUUGUCAUUUCAGCCACAGUUAUCUCAGCAAUUGUCGGUGUCAUGGUUGCUACUGGUUGGCUUGGAUUCUUUUGGAUGAUUUGGUUUGCAGCAAGGAAGAGCAUGGACCUUACAAAGCACUCGAUCGGUGUGACAAAUUCCGCCACCCAGUCAUACUCUGCUUCUCGCCAUGCGAAGCAGAAGCCUGUUGACUGAGGCGAGCUGUGAUUCAGUUCCGGGUGAGCUGCAGCUCCUCGGUCUAUGCCUCUAUAUGAAUUACGGUUUGCCUACUUUUCAAGAGUGUAUAGAACAUAUGCUUGUAGCACAGUACAUCCAUGGCUGAUCUCUAUGUAUAUUGCUCCCUUUUAGUGUGAGGUGCCGUCUCUGAAACCUCUAGUUUGUAUGAUUUGGUACUAUAGUUGGUAUGAAAUAAGCCGUGCUGCAAUGCACUUGUUUUCCUUGA